AUGCUCUGGGACCUCUGGUCAAGAUGGCUGAUGGGCAAGGGGCUGCCUCUCCUGGGGGCAGUGCUUCUGGGGAAGAGAGAGAAGAGGGGACUGAAGCGGAGACACUGGCAGCGGGAAACCCAUCCAUACUAUGACCUUCAGGUGAAGGUGCUGAGGGCCAAGAACAUCAAGGGCACAGACCUGUUGUCUGAAGCUGACUGCUAUGUGCAACUAUGGCUGCCCACGGCAUCCACCAGCUUUGCCCGGACCAAAACCGUGUUGAACUGCGGUGACCCUGAAUGGAAUGAGACCUUCUACUACCAGAUCCAUGGGGCUGUGAAGAAUGUCCUGGAGCUCACCCUUGGUGAUGAGAACAUCCUGAGCAGCAACCCACUCUCUGUGCUCCUGUUUGACCUGAGCAAUCUCCAGCCAGGCCAGCCCUAUCGACACACCUUCCCACUCAACCAGCAGGAUUCACAAGAGCUGCAGGUGGAAUUUAUUCUGGAGAAGAGCCAGGCGCCUGCCUCUGAGGUCAUCACCAAUGGAGUCCUGGUGGCUCAACCCUGUCUGAGAGUCCAGGGUACCCUCGAGGCAGACAGGACAGCCUCACAUCAAGAGUUUGGCUCCGGGCAGAUCCAGCUGGCAGUGCCUGGGGCUUAUGAGAAGCCACAGCUCCUGCCCCUGCAGCCGCCCAUGGAGCCAGAUCGCCUGCCCACCUUUACCUUCCAUGUGAACCCUGUGCUGGGCUCCAGGCUGAACGUGGAGAUGGAAGAGGAGCUCGAGAUUGUGCAGGGUAGCCCAAGCGCCCAGCUGGAUGAGGGGAACAUCCUGCUCUCUUCUUUGCCCUUAGGACGAGAGUUAGAGCGCUGUGUGGUCCUGGGGGAGGGCCGGGAGGUGACUCUGAGUAUGAAGGCUGAAAUGAGCUCUGGGGACCUGGACCUACGCCUUGGCUUUGGCCUCUGUGAUGGGGAGCAGGAGUUCCUAGACAAGAGGAAGCAGGUCGUGUCCCAGGCUGUGAAGCAGGUGCUUGGAUUGACUGAAGCUCCACGCCGUGACCAGGUACCUGUGGUGGCCGUGUUGGGGUCUGGGGGUGGAACCCGAGCCAUGACUUCCCUCUAUGGCAGCCUCGCAGGGCUACAGGAGCUCGGCCUCCUGGACACGGUGACCUACCUGAGUGGGGUCUCCGGCUCCACCUGGUGCAUCUCCACGCUCUAUAAGGACCCAGCCUGGUCCCACGUGGCCUUGCAGGGCCCCAUUGAGCAUGCCCAGGCUCGGGUCUGCAGCAGUAAGCUGGGGGCGGUGUCCACAGAGCAGCUACAAUACUACAUUCAGGAGCUGGGAGCCCGGAAGAGCAGCGGCCACAGCAUGUCCCUUGUUGACUUCUGGGGCCUCCUCAUUGAAUAUUUCCUCAACCAGGAGGUGAGCCCUGCCAAGCUGUCUGACCAGCAGGGUGCGAUCAGCCAGGGUCAGAACCCUUACCCCAUCUAUGCCACUGUCAAUGUUCACACCAACAUCAGCGGGAAAGACUUUGCAGAGUGGUGCGAGUUCACCCCCCAUGAGGUCGGCUUUCCCAAGUACGGAGCUUAUGUCCCCACUGAGCUCUUCGGCUCCGAGUUCUUCAUGGGAAGGCUGCUGCAGCGCCGGCCUGAGCCCCGUAUCUGCUACCUGCAGGGGAUGUGGGGCAGCGCCUUCGCAGCCAGCCUGGAUGAGAUCUUCCUGAAGACCACUGGCUCAGGGCUGGGCUUCCUGAACUGGCACAAAGAUAGUGUGAAUGUCACAGAUGACUGUUCAAAGGUCCAGCCUCAUGACCCCACACGGCUGCACACCAAGCUCUUCACCCCACAGGGCCCCCUCUUCCAGGCCGUGCUGGACAUAUUCACCUCCCGCCUGACUUCUGCCCAUACCUUCAACUUCACCCAGGGCCUCUGCCUUCACAAGGACUAUGUAGCUGCAAGGGAGUUUGUGGCCUGGAAAGACACACACCUAGACGCCUUCCCGAACCAGCUCACACCCAUGCAGGACUGCCUGUCCCUGGUGGAUGGAGGUUUUGCCAUCAACUCACCUUUCCCACUCACACUGGUACCCCAGAGGGCUGUGGACCUCAUUCUAUCCUUUGACUACUCCUUGGAUGCCCCUUUUAAUGUCUUACAGAUGACAGAGAAGUACUGCCAGGACCGAGGGAUCCCCUUCCCCAGGAUAGAGCUGGGCCCGGAGGACCUGGAGGAACCUCAGGAGUGCUAUCUGUUUGCCAACGCUGACGACCCCCGCUCGCCCAUCGUGUUGCACUUCCCCCUUGUCAACAGCACCUUUCGCACACACCUGGCCCCAGGUGUGGAGCGACAAACAGCUGAGGAGAAGGCGUUUGGGGACUUCGACACCAAUGGGCCAGACACCCCCUAUGGCAUGAUGAACUUCACCUAUGAGCCUGAGGAGUUUGACCGGCUGGUGGCCCUGAGCCGAUACAACGUUCUGAACAACGUGGAAGCCGUCAGGCAUGCCCUCCAGCUGGCUCUGGACCGACGACAGGCACAGGCCGGCGAGAGGGCCGAGGACUGA